AUGCCAGUACCAGAUGCACCUACAAACUGCAGAAUUGAGGCACCUGUGGUAGCAAAUGCAGGUAGGCACAGCAGGGUCAAGGCACCUGUGGUACCAGAUCCACCUAAGAACAGCAGAAUCAAGGUGCUGGCAGCCCCUAAAAUGUUGAAUCCUCGAGACUUUGUGAGCAUUCAGCCUUUGCCUGGCUUUGCUCAGAAGGAAGGAAAAGUCUUGGCCAGAAGCAGAACAAUUUACAAAAGCAGUGAACCUCCAAGAGAGCAAGUGUUCUGGGAAAACUACCAUAGGAGGCAAAAGCAGUUCACUCAGGGACUCUUCACCCCCACUGGGAAGCCUUACCAGGAGCUUGGAGAGAUCCUCUACACAGACCCGAAGAAACUCACCCUCUACUCUUUGGGGCAGCUUACACAGGAACCAGUGAAAAAAGAUGUGCAGGAAAAACCACCCAAAGAAGUGGCUGAGAUUACUAAAAAGUACUCUUUCAACCCAGAGUUUGAUCACUUCCAGUCUGAUCCACUGGAACCAGUGAAGAGGCUCCCCCCACUCAGAGAACCAGGAAAGGAGCUGAGGACUCUCCAUAAGGCUCUAGCUCACUCAAGGCGUCAUAUCAAUUCUGUGAAACGAGGUGGAGAAUACUUUCGUAUGCUUCACCAAGAAUCACUGGAGAGGAAGAACACACUGAAAGCAGCCCAGCAUGCUCAGGGGAUGAGGUGGAGAUCUGAGUUCCAGCCACCCAAAUACUCUGAGGCAGAGGAGUCAGAGGAAGAAAUAAACACUUGCUCUCUAACAGAAGGCAACCACCUGAGGAAGUCAGGGAAGAAGGAAAGAAAAAUGACCUUACGGUCUUUCAGUCCUCUUUAUACUAGUGUUUUGAUUCCAAGCCCCCCUGGAGCAAAAAGUGAACAUCUUUUCCGACAGCUGUGUGCCAUACACUGGCUUUUGGAAGCUAUGACUCUUGAAUCCAACAGCUUGAUGCGUUCCAUAUUAACCUGUUGGAAUCCAAAGGACCCUGGUGGUUGUAAAAAAACAGUAAAAGAAGUUGAAGAGGAAAAGUUAGCAACGCACUUGUGGGAGGUCUUUAUUACAAAUACAAAGAAAUACACCUGGAAAGCGCGAUGCGGUCCGCUUAGCAGGAAGAUAAACAAGACUUAUACACCAGGUAUCUCUCAGCUUAGCAGUCAGUCAUCUCCCUGUGUUCAAACCCCUCAUGGCAGCGAAACUUCCACUGUACUCUGCUCUGAAGACAAUGUCAAGAUUAAUGUAGCUUCAUCUGAUGUUAUGAGUGAGUCAGCACAAGCUAAAGAACAACCACCUCUCUUCUCCUCCCUACAGAAAGUCAUUCAGAUAACACAUGAAGAGGUGCCAAAAGAUGGCCAUAAACAAGAAGAUAUGGUUAAGACGACUAGACUGCAGCGCUGCCAUAUCAGCUCUUUUAUUAAAAGCAAAUCUAACUUGUGUGCCGAUAUGAGGCAAAAGUUCACAGCAGUACGUGAAGAAGCAGCUUGUUGUUUACAUGAUACUCUAGAGCACCUUGAGAGGGGGCAGGAAGAGCGAUGUUGUCGAAAAUACCAGGCUUUGAAACAAUUGAAGUAUUUUAGAAGAGACGUGGGAAGAAUAAGACAGCUGGGCAUGAGAGCUGAAAGAGAAUGUGAUGAAGAUGGCCUAAACUGGUUUCCUGUAUUGCUUGACAGACUCCCAGAGUCUGUGAAGGGUGACCAUUAUGUACAAAAAAUCUUAAAGAAGCUGGAAAAAUAUGGCAAGACUCCUGACUUGAAAAUUCAUCCAGACACCUUUCUUAAGGCUCUGGAUGAUCUACAGGUGUGGGAGUUGUGUUCUCCAGAAAUUGCUGCAGCUGUGGAGUUUGUACGUGAAAGUAUUGUGCAGAUGCCAGAAGAGGAUUUCAGCGAGUGGUUUCAGACAAGAGUAGCCCCCCUCAGUGCACAGUCCUCCACCUUUAAUCAAAUGGCUGGAUGAGAUGGUUUUCCAGUGACAGCUGUCUUCAAGCAGAAGACUACUGCCUGUUAAGAUCUGCCUCAGACGAGGGGAGUUAACUUCAGGAAGUCCCACUGCCCACUCGCGCACAAGUGGAAUUUGUCCCCCUACAGUGCUCCGCUGGCUGUAGCCCGGCAUAGAAAAUAAAAGCUAAAUACUGUUGCUCCUUCCUGUACAAUGUCUUAGAUUCACCAUCAAAUUUCAAUCUCCUGUAACCGUGUAGAAUGAAGACUGAGUUUCUAAUCACAGGUCAGGUCAUCUCUUCAGACAUUCCUCUAACAAUAUCUACACUAUAACAAGCAUCUACUCAGUGUAGAUAUCCUGAUUUCCAUAUCUAAAUAGCAUUGUCUCUGUUAGCUCUUCAUUUUAGCUCUCCUUUAUAAAAAAUAUCCCAAGCACAGGGUAAUAGUAAGCUUUAAGACAAUUCUUUUUUUGCAUUAAUUUUUUUUUGUCAUUUAGGUAUUUUAUUUUUGUAUUGAGUUUAUUCUGUAGUUAUCCUGUGAUUAUGGAUUAAUUCUUGCCUUAUUAAAAUCAGUAUUGAAAAACCAAGCAUCCUUAGAUGCACUUUCCAGGUCUUCACCUGAAGGUAUUUCCCCCCCCGAUGACCUUAGAUACUCUGCUAGAGUAUCUAAGAGCCAUUGCUCUGCUGGGUAAGGCAGUAGAAUGACACCCAUGAACUUACAUACAGUGAUAAAUACGUGACUUUUGUGAAUCUGUCUGGGCUUAACUGUUUAUUUCAUGGUGGGUCACAAUUGCUGGGCAAUGGAAUCGGUGACCCAGUGACCUUCUAAGCUGAUGAUUUUAAUGAGCUGCUUACCUGCCUGUCAAAGCUUCCAGAGGACCCGCUGGGGAGGAAUCAACCGCUGAUCCUUCAGCUGCGAUAAGGGGAAACAAUGCCAGCCCAGGGUCCAGGU